GAAAAUGUUUGCUCGCCCACCCCUUCGAGGCAGACGAGAAGAAAGCUGACCCCUGCCACCAUCCCAAGCAGCGACAGCGGAGAAAACCCCGAGUUUUAUUCUCCCAAGCUCAGGUGUUUGAACUGGAACGGCGAUUUAAACAACAGAAAUACCUCUCCGCUCCGGAAAGGGAGCAUCUCGCCAGCGUGCUCAAGCUCACCUCCACGCAGGUGAAAAUCUGGUUCCAAAACCGGAGGUACAAGUGCAAGAGGCAAAGGCAGGAUAAAUCCCUGGAGCUGGCUGCCCACCCGCUGCCCCUGCGGAGGGUGGCCGUGCCCGUGCUGGUCAGGGACGGCAAACCCUGCCUCGGGGGCUCCCAGCCCUACCCAGCCCCGUACGGCAUCACUGCCGGCUCUUACGCCUAUAGCUCCUACUACAGU